CUUUUACUGAUGAUUCAAAGUCUCCGAUAAAGAGGCAGGCUUGUAAUAUUACUUGUGGAAUCGCACAAGUAUGCUGCCAAAAUCAUUGUUGUGGAGCUGCGCAAACAUGCUGCGGAAGCAUUUGUUGUGGACCUGCACAAACGUGCUGUGGAAACAUUACGUGUUGUGGUCCAACACAAAAUUGUAAUAGUAAUAAUGUUUGUGUAUCUG